AUGAGCACGCAAUUGGGUUUGCCUGUGGAGCAGUUCCCCGCUUUCUCGAGGUUGGAAUUUUUGCCGUCUGCGACACGCUGCGCACUAGAGAUGUGCAACGCAAUGGUGAAGCCAGACAAUCAAGCGACUCCAUACUCGGGCUUCAUGGAGACGUCCGCAGUGGCAGGGAAAUUUUGUUUUCAUGUCCUCAAGGAACCUCUGUUCAAGAUGAACCAGCAGCCUGUAUUGAUGGCUGAUACUCUGCGCACGGGGAAGCAGGUUAUCUGCGCAGAUCGCCAUCAAGCCUUGCUUGCCCUGCCGCGGGAAUUCCAAGUAGCUUUCGCUGGUUACCCUGGAUAG